AUGUCUGUGCUCUGUCUGUCUGCAGAAUAUUCUAAGAGAGUGUACCAGGGCGUCCGAGUGAAGCACACGGUCAAAGACCUGCUGGCAGAGAAGAGGUCCCGGCAGACAAACGGACCCAGAUACAGCGGAGGAUCAACCACUCCGCCAUCAUUCGUCCAGAUGCCAGGUGCCCACAUGCUGCCCAGCUACUAUGGCAUAAGAGGACGUUCCUUCAUCUCUGACUCAGAUUUCUGCCCAUCCACCAAGCAGUUCUCCCCUGAUGUCUAUUCCUCCACCCUUGGGGGUAAGCCUCUUGGCUGUGAGCCCUCCACCAUGAGCAGCUACUCCUCGCUCAUAGACAGCUACUACCCAGAAACCUUUGGUGACUACCGCAGCGCCGCCACCUUCUCCAGCUCUGGCGGGUCCUUCCUGCCCUCGUCAGCACUGUCCUCCCUGCUGCCGCCCUUCGGAGGAGAGUCCUCGCAUUUAUUUCUGAGAGACUCGUGGGAGCAGUCUGAGCCAGUAUCUCAGGUGGAGGCUCUGUGUCAGGACAACCUGGCCUCCGUCAGCGUCCCACCCUCCAUGCCCAGCCCCGAACCUCCAGGGAGCCCCUCCCAGUACCGCUCUCCGAGCCGAAGCUCCUCCCUGGGCCCCGUCUCCAGCAGCCAGCCCUACACUCUGCACUCUCUGGAGGAUGUCCACUAUCACCCUUUAACCUCCACCAGCACUUACCCCACCACACCCUCCUCCUCCUCCUUCCCCUGCCCUCCCUACAUGAGCAGCCCCGUCACAGAUCUGGUGACCAAGAUGGUGACGGAGGAGGCGGCCGACGGCCACGGCAGCCUAACCCCCGGCGCCGAAGCUCAUUCCUCCUGGGCUAAGGAAGAGGGGGUGAGCGCCUGGUCGCCCUAUGAGAUUCGGAGGGCCUACUGA